AUCAAAACAGCGCGAAGACACACACGACCAAGGCAGAAGUGAUUACAACCAAAUUCUGUGGUAAGUAACAUACUGCUCAGCCAAUAGAAUCUCGACAAGCAAGUGCAUGCAUGGAUAUUCGAUUGAUGACUUUCUGGAACUGACUCAUCUAAUGAUUUGGCAAGCAAUACAGGUUUCCUGACAACGAGAACUGAGGCCUUAGACUCCAGCAGCUAGAGGUGAAAAUGAACGCGCCUAGUUGCUACUCGAACUUGUCAGAGUUCAACCUGUUCAAGUCACAAUCUCUCCUUGAGUCAAGGCGUGACCAUGUGCAGAAAUCACUAGACGAGUUCGACAAACUGCAAAAAACUCUGAGAGACAUAAUCGCACAAUUCCAGCAAUGGAAGAGAGAUACUGACGAUCAACUUGCUGAGCUGAAAGCUGCUAUACAAUGCGGUAGUGCAGGAAGCAAGUGCGGAUCACCUCGUGGAAGUUUCUAUGACAGCUCUGACGAUGACACAACACAGGAUGCAUGGACUGUCAAACCAGACAUACAACUAACUAGCAAAAAGCAACAGCUAUCACCUGACUUGAACACAGGAGAAGCAAACCUUGCUAAAAUGCAGAAAUUUCACUCAAGCCUAGAGGCACAACUAGAAAGAGAAAAAACCCAGGAGACAAACACAACAAAGCAAGACCCUGACCUACAGUUGACUGCGGAAGUUUCAAAGGAUCCCUGGCAAGGCACCUUGCCAUCAGUCAGUGGUCAACUAAGUUAUAACUCACGCAACAACAGCUUUCUUGAUAUGGAUGAUGAUACUACUACUACUACUACUACUACUACCACUACUACUACACCUGACAAAGAGAAGAAACCGUCGAGUGCAAGUACAGAUGCAGAUGCCAAAUCACAGGCUGAAACAGAGUUCCUUCAUAUGGAGCAAUCACAUCAAAUGCUGCAUACCACAACACCAUUUGAAACGAUGCAGCAAAUUUGUUCAUCAUGUACCAAUAUACUGCUGCUUCAAAUGAAUGAUUUGCGUGCACCUCAAAAAGAAACAUCAGACAGGUGGUCAACUGCCUCACAGUCACCAGUUACAUCAAGGAAGGUGCAGCAACACUCCACAAAUACGACACAUUCCCAUGACAACCUUACAGCCACAUCUCAUCACAGCCACAGAAAAGGAGGCUCGUCCAAACGCUCUUGGCACAUAGGCAUUCAAAACAGCCAAGCAGAGCAGAAACCUGAAGCAUCAUGCAGCCAUGUAUGGCAUGACGAAAGCAACCACAUGAAGAACGACACCAGUGACUCACCGACAUGAAGAAAGAUGACUAACAACAUAUCAAUCCUACAAACCUAUAUACCCAA